GUCUCUCGCUCUCUCUCUCUCAAGCGGCGUUUCCUCCUCGAAUCGGAGGCCAUUUUGGAGUGAAGAGGGAAAGAGAAGAAACCACGGAGCAGGAGCGAGCAGAAGAAGGCUUCUUCCCUCAUUUCCUCACGGUCGCUGCUCCGACGCAACCUAGAUCCGGUCCGGAUCGGAACGGUCGGUUCGCUCUCGAUCUGGCUAUCUCGGAUCGAGUGCGUCGGUCUAGUAGGCGCGGAUCCGUGAUCUGCCUAUCUAGGGUUUGAUCUUUCUUGGACAGAUCCCGUGAUUUGGAUCUACUGUCUUCUCCGAUCUGCUUGUAUCAUCGAUUCGUUGCAUGUGAUAUGCGAAGCAUUGGUGCCGUUGCUCGAUCCGCUUCAUUCCCAAUCGGAUGCGACCGUGUUGGUGGCUCGGAUCUACGAUCUGCCUGAGCUAGGGUUUCAUCUUUCUUGGCCGGUCCGAUCUAAGAAAGAGAUGGGGUUUGUGGAGCAUCUGAAGGCACCAAAGGUUAGUUCAGAUGAGUGAGAAAAAGAGGAGAAAGGGGAUCAGUAUUCGACUUUUAGGUCUUUAUACCGAGCCAAUGGAUUUUUUCUAGUUAAACAGUCACUAUCAGGGCAUGUUGAUAGUGCAAACUGUUACCUGGACUCUUAGAGAGUAAGUGCAGUGACAAGUUGACAUAAGCCGAAAAAAAUGGCACCUGCAAGUAAGGCUGAUAGGAAGGCAGCAUUAGAUGUAGCUGCUUGGACGUUCAAUAUUGUGACAUCUGUUGGAAUUAUUAUGGUCAAUAAGGCCUUAAUGGCUACUCAUCGCUUCACAUUUGCUACUACAUUAACGGGCUUGCAUUUCGCGACAACCACGCUACUGACUAUUAUAUUUAGGUGGCUGGGAUACAUUCAGCCUUCUCAUUUACCUUUAUCUAACCUUAUAAAAUUUGUCCUUUUUGCAAACUUAUCUAUCGUUGGGAUGAAUAUUAGUUUAAUGUGGAAUUCCGUUGGAUUUUAUCAGAUUGCAAAGCUGUCUAUGAUUCCCGUAUCAUGUCUUCUCGAGGUUGUGUUUGACAAAAUUCAUUACUCAAGGGCCACAAAGCUCAGCAUAGUGGUGGUUCUGGCAGGUGUCGCUAUUUGUACAGUGACUGAUGUGAGCGUAAAUGCUAGAGGGCUGAUAGCUGCUACCAUAGCGGUUUGGAGCACAGCUUUACAGCAAUAUUAUGUGCAUUUUCUUCAAAAGAAAUAUUCACUUGGAUCGUUCAACCUUCUCGGGCAUACUGCUCCAGUUCAGGCUGCAUCGCUGUUGAUAUUAGGGCCUUUUGUUGAUUAUUGGUUGACAAACAAAAGGGUGGACAAAUUUGAUUACAGUGUGACUGCCGUGUUCUUCAUCGUCCUGUCAUGCACCAUUGCUGUGGGAACCAACCUUAGCCAGUUCAUCUGUAUUGGAAGAUUCACGGCAGUGUCAUUUCAAGUCCUUGGGCACAUGAAGACAAUCCUUGUCCUAACUUUGGGUUUCUUCUUAUUCGGAAGAGAGGGCCUCAAUUUACACGUGAUCUCUGGAAUGAUCUUGGCGGUUUUAGGCAUGAUCUGGUAUGGAAAUGCAUCAUCAAAACCAGGUGGAAAAGAGCGACGGACUUAUUCAUUGCCCGUCGACAAAUCUCAGAAGCAUGGGCUCCUCUCAGAAACAGGAGACCGUGACGACGAAGUCUAAGCUACCCUUCACUUGUCACCAUCUUCAUCAUUGCCCACAGGUUGAAUAUUUAAGUUAUGUGUUGCAGUAAAAUUUGGAAGAAGUUGGGGAUUUAUUUCCCUGGUCUCUUUACCAAUUUAGGAAUUCCCCUCAGGUGAUGCUGGCGGAGGCUCUAUAGUUUUCUUCUUUACACAUCUAUAUUAAUUUAUUGACUGGGUCAUCUUCUGGUUUAUGAAAAGAACUGAUGGAUGUAUACCCUAUUUGGUGACAGAUGUAUGCUUCCAUCAUAUAUGCUUUUGUAUUUGGUAAGUUGCAGAUUCAACUUACCACCACUUCAUCAUCAGUGCCGCCAUGUAAAACAACAUCGACGAGUUUCAAAGACUGUCAGAGUUAUGGCUGGACUGCUCAGAGAA